AUGGGAGACUGGAACUUCCUUGGUGGGAUCUUGGAGGAGGUGCAUAUCCACUCCACCAUGGUAGGCAAGAUCUGGCUCACCAUCCUGUUUAUAUUCCGGAUGCUGGUGCUGGGCGUGGCGGCGGAGGAUGUGUGGAACGACGAGCAGUCAGACUUCAUCUGCAACACUGAGCAGCCCGGCUGCCGCAACGUCUGCUACGACCAGGCCUUCCCUAUCUCCCUCAUCCGCUACUGGGUUCUUCAGGUGAUUUUUGUGUCCUCCCCCUCCCUGGUCUACAUGGGUCACGCCAUAUACCAGCUGCGUGCCCUGGAGAAAGAGCGUCACUGUAAGAAAGUGGCCCUCCGGCGGGAGCUGGAGGCCGUGGACGCAGAGCUGGUGGAGGUGAAGAGGAGAAUUGAGAAGGAGAUGAAGCAGCUGGAGCAGGGUAAGCUCAACAAAGCUCCUCUGAGGGGCUCCCUGCUCUGCACCUACGUGGCUCACAUCGUGACCCGCUCGGUGGUGGAGGUCAGCUUCAUGACGGGUCAGUACGUCCUGUACGGACACCGCCUCAGCACUCUGUACAAGUGCGAACGGGAGCCUUGCCCAAAUGUGGUGGACUGCUUCGUCUCCAGGCCCACGGAGAAAACAGUCUUCAUGAUGUUCAUGCAAGCCAUUGCCUGCAUCUCCCUGUUCCUAAGCCUGCUGGAGAUCAUGCACCUGGCCUUCAAGAGGAUCAAAAAGGGCAUCCUGAACUACUACCCCCACCUGAAGGACGACCUGGAUGAUUAUUACGUGAGCAAGUCCAAGAAAAACUCGGUUGUACAUCAGGUUUGCGUUGGGACUUCAGUGGGUCGGAAGACCACCAUCCCCACAGCACCCAGUGGAUACACUCUACUGCUGGAGAAGCAGGGCAAUGGACCCAACUACCCCAUCCUCAGUGCCUCUUCUGCCUUUGUCCCCAUACAGGGGGACCCUGGUGGAAAGCCGGACUGCCACAAGGAUGUCAAGGAGGGAGCGCUGAGUCCCAUGGAGCAGAACAGCAACUCCAACAACACCAGCAGUGAGACCCGCUCCCCUCCUGCAGACAAGCAGGGCGAGGCGGAGGAGGCCAGUUCCCCCCACCACCACGACAUGGAGUGUGGGAGCUCAGAGUACCCAACCCUGCCAGCGGUGGACACCUCCUCCUGCCCCGCCCUGUCGGGCAUAGUGAGGAAGUCCAGGAGGGUCAGUCCGCCGUGGAACUGCUCCACGGUCGUGGAGGGGAACUGCUCGGACAGCGGAGACUCCUACCAGGGAAACAGCAGCAUGAAGCUGCGCAGCAGCUGCAGCGGCCCCCGCUCCAGGGUGGUCUCCAGAUCAGACGGCAAGAGGCCAAGCCGGCCCCAGAGCCCAGACUCCACGGGGGAGCUGAGCUCCGUGUCCCGACACAGCCGAGAGAGCAACAGCCCCACCACCUCCUCCCCAAACCGCCGAGUGUCUGCGGCGAGCAGUGGCAGCAGCAGACGAGCCCCCACUGACUUACAGAUAUGAUGGCUGCAGAAGACUGAGGUUCAUCUUUAAAGACAUCAACAGCACGAAGAAGCCUUUGCCACAUAUUGCUGUAGAGAUUAUCCUUUAAACCCCACAGACGACCUUUUUCCUGCCGUUUCGAGGGACCAGAAGGGCUCAGUUUUGUUCGGACUCUGGGAAUUUCACGCCUUCCUAACCAGUGGAGAGAAUUAGAAAACUCACUUGAUCUUUUAGGCUUGUAAACAGAAACAUUUCCCAUCUGAAGAAACCCAACACCAUCCAAACAUGCAAACAAAUGGAACACUUCAUCUCUUUUCUGAAGUUUUAUGUUUAUAUCAAAAAUUCAACUAGAUAUCGAGUCAUGUGGU